AUGUGCCGUAGUGUGUGUAUAUCUGGUGGUGCUGCUGUGGUGGAGGGUAUUCACGAGGUUUGGGCAGCUGUGGUGUACCGACCAGAAUCCAUGCAGGAUUUGGAACGGAGUGUUCAAUCAGUCCACAGGAAGGGUUGCCCCAUCCGCCCUGUGGGCAGCGCCAUCUCCCCCAACGGCAUCGCUCUGAGCGCCCACGGCAUGGAGUUGGAAAAGAUCGUUCAGGCAGCCCACAGGGAGGGCCGCCCCAUCCGCCCUGUAGGCAGCGCCAUCUCCCCCAACGGCAUCGCUCUGAGCGCCCACGGCAUGGUGAAUCUAGCCCUGAUGGACCGAGUGGUGCAUGUGGAUCAGAGCACCGGGAGGGUGCACGUGCAGGCAGGGGCGCGUGUGGAGCAGGUGAUUGAGGCUUUAAGGCCGCACGGGCUUACUCUCCAGAAUUACGCGUCUGUGCGAGAGCAGCAGAUCGGGGGGUUUAUUCAGGUGGGGGCACAUGGCACAGGGGCUGGCAUCCCCCCGGUGGACGAGCAAGUCGUGGCCAUUAAGCUAGUGACACCUGGCAGGGGCACGCUGCACCUGACGCCCGAAGCUGACCCGGACCUGUUCUUCCUGGCUCGGUGCGGGCUCGGAGCACUAGGGGUGGUGGGGGAGGUGGAGUUGCAGGCAGUGCCGGCUCACAGGCUGAGGGAGGAGACGUUUGUAACGACCAAGGAGGAGAUCAAGAGGCAUCAUGCCCAGUGGUUGAGAGACUACCAGCAUGUGCGCUACAUGUGGAUUCCACACACACACGCAGUCGUGGUGGUGAGGAGCAACCCCAUCCAGGACACCACCAGUGGGGGAUCAGCAGUGCAAGGCGAGGAGAGGGCGCAAGGCAAGGGACCUGCCAGUGGGGGAUCAGCGUUGAGUGAGGAUGAGAAGCUGGCUCAUGUACGAGCGCUGUAUCUUGCAUCAGUUGCUGCAAGGAGAAGCGCCAAACUUUCUCGGACCCAACCCCAACCCCAACCCCACCGACCUACCUCCUCGACCUCCUCCUCCUCCUCUGCCUCCUCCCUUACCACCGAAGCAGCUGCUGGCAUGUGGUCCGGCACAGGUUCGGCCGAGCCUGCGCCACUGAGCCAGCGUUUCCUAACCGAGGCUGAGCUUCGGGAGCUAUCUUUCACGAGGCUGAGGGACGAGCUGCUUGCGCUAGAUCCAUUGAAUCUGGACCAUGUGCGGGCGAUUAACCAGGCAGAGGCACUCUACUGGAAACUGAGUGAGGGGGAGAGGGAAGGGUGGAGCGACCAGAUACUGGGCUUUGACUGUGGUGGGCAGCAGUGGGUGUCUGAAGUGUGCUUCAAGGCAGGCGGCAGCAGCAGCAGCAGCACCACCACCACCACCGCCGCCGCCAGCACCACCACCACCACCAGCACCGCCGCCGCCAGCAGCAGCAGCAGCAGCAGCAGCACAGCGGACAUAGCGUUUAUGGAGGAACUAUUGGCGCUGAUCGAGUCAGAGGGUAUCCCCGCCCCGGCGCCCAUAGAGCAACGCUGGACCAGUUGCAGCCGCAGCCCGAUGAGCCCUACUUCAGGUGCUUAUAACGCUGCUAAUGCCGCGGCAGCUGCUGCAGGCUCGGCAGCAGGCUCGGCAGCAGAUGGAGGAGCGGCGCUCGAUGAUGUUUACUCAUGGGUGGGCAUUAUCAUGUAUCUGCCUUCCAAUGACCCUGACCAACGGGCAUCCAUCACCAAACAUUUCCUCGACUACAAGUUUUUGACUGCCCGAAGGCUCUGGGACAAAUAUGGAGCACAUGAGCACUGGGCAAAGAUUGAGAUCCCCUCAGACCCCGCCAAUCGUGAGUGGCUGGUGGCACGCAUUGCUCGCGAUUUUCCUGUGGCCAAGUUGAAUGCGUAUCGGCAAAAUCUGGAUCCCAAAAACGUGCUGGCCAAUGACAUGCUUGAUGUGCUUUUCCCUCGUUGA